CAAGAAGGCGGAAGAUCAUCCGGUGGCGGACGCGGCGUGCUCGGUGAGGAGGAGGGUGCGCUGGCCGUGUGGCAGAACGCCGCCCAGCUGACCGCGAUGGGUGGAGGAUUACUGAACGUCUCUCGUCAGAGCGCCGCCGGCGCAGACGAGCUCUUUGGCAGCCUUCUCUCGCCGGGCUUUGACCGACGCGCGUGCCUGAGCCGCUACCAGUCCCCGCAUUACUACAAGCGCUCACCGUACGCGCCUUCGCCGCACCUCCUCCAGAAGCUGCGCGACUACGAGGCGCUGCACAGCAGGUGCGGCCCCGGCACGCCGCCGUACGCCAAGUCCGUCGAUCACCUCCGGUCCGGCAGCAGCAGCAGCAAGGAGGACAAGGAGUGCAACUACCUCGUGUGGAUCCCCUACAAUGGCCUCGGCAAUCGGAUGCUGUCGCUGAUCAGCACGUUCCUCUACGCACUCCUCACCGACCGCGUCCUCCUCGUACACUCCACGGACGACUUCACCGACCUAUUCUGCGAGCCGUUCCCCGGUGUGAAUGCGACCUGGGUGCUCCCGCCGGACUUCCCCGUCGCCGACAUAUCCCGGCUCGGGGUGCGCUCCAACCAGUCGUACGGGAACCUCCUCGCCGGCAAGAAAAUCGACAACGACCCGACCAAGGCGACGGCGCAAUCGGUACCGCCGUACGUGUACCUGCACCUGGCGCACGACCUCCGGCGCUCGGACCGGCUCUUCUACUGCAACGACGACCAGCUCGUACUGGCCAAGGUGAACUGGCUGCUGCUGCAGAGUGACUACUAUUUCGUGCCGGCGCUGUACGACAUGGCCGAAUUCGAAGGUGAGCUCCGGAGGCUGUUCCCGGCCAAGGAGAGCGUGUCGCAUCUUCUCGGCCGUUACCUCCUCCACCCGUCCAACUUCGUUUGGGGCAUGAUCACCAGGUACUACCACACCUACAUGGCCCAGGCGGAGGAGAGGAUCGGCAUGCAGAUCAGGAUUUUCUCCUGGGCAUCCAUCCCCGUCGACGACAUGUACAACCAAAUCAUGGCGUGCUCGCGACAGGAGCACAUACUGCCGGAGGUCGUCAAUGGCGACGCCGCGGCGAGCGCUAGUAGCCAUGGCGGCUCCAAAUCCAAGGCCAUCUUGAUCGCGUCGCUGCAAGCAGACUACUACGACAGGGUCAAGUCGACGUACUACGAGCACGCGGCCAAGGGCGGGGGCAUGGUGGGGGUGUUCCAGCCGAGCCACGAGAAGCAGCAGAUAAUGGGGCAACGGUCGCACAACCAGAAGGCGCUCGCCGAGAUCUUCCUGCUCAGCUUCUCUGACGUGCUGCUCACCACAGGGAUAUCCACGUUCGGCUACAUGAGCAGCAGCCUCGCCGGACUGCGGCCGACGAUGCUAAUGAUCCCGAAAGACGGCAAAGUGCCUGAGCCGCCGUGCGUGCGCGCCGUGUCCAUGGAGCCGUGCUUCCACAUGACGCCCGAUGUUGAGUGCCAGGGGAAGGCAGUGAACAAGGAAGAGCUGUCUCACCACGUCAAGAAGUGUGAGGAUGUGGGCAAAGGAAUUAAACGGAAUAAAGGUAUCAAAUUAUUUGAUUAAUUAGAAACCAGCUGGUCAUCAUGGGUAUCAGGUGGUACCAACCCUUACAUGCUACCAUGCUAUCAUCUUACAAAUUUCAAAUUUAAACAUGUCAAAAAAUUCUUAAAAAAUCAUGGAUAUUGACAACACAAAUGUCCACAACCCCUAAAAAUUAGGAUCAAAAUUCAAAAUACACAUGGUAAACAAAAAGACAAAUUCAGAUGUGAAUAGUGACAUUUUUGCUUUUGUCUUCUUCUGACACUAUUCAUGAUGGAUUUGUCUUUUUUGUUUCUCUAUGUCUAUGUCGAAUUUUGAUCUGAAUUUUGUAGCGAUUGUCAACAUAUGUGUUGUGAACAUCUGUGAUUUUUUCAGAACUUUUCGACAUGUUUAAAUUUCAAUUUUUGUAAGUUGGUAGGAUGGUAGUAUUUGAGGAUUGGUAUCACCUGAUAUUUUCCCAAGGGUAUCUAGUUAUUAUUUGAGUGGAAAUAAAAUCAAGUGGUCACAUUUGCACGGGACAGUCAUUUGGUCCUCAACCCGUACAUAUGCACGGGACAGUCAUUUGUCAUGUCAGCAAUAAUAAAAUUACUGAAA